AUGACAUUGUCACUCCAUGAUAUUCCUACGAGAUCUCCUACGAAAGGGAGGGAAAUAAUUGGUUCACUGAAUGCGGUAAGUCGAUUCCCAAUCCUUUCGCCCGUAAAGACGCCGAAUGGCCGUGCUGGCUUACGUUCUCCAGAAAAGAGAAACGCAGUAGACUUGGAUCAGUCUGCCAAACGAAGGGCCCAUUACACAUUGUAUGAUAAAUUGAUGAAUGAUGAGCUUGACUCAGACGAUUUUCUUGAUAAACAAGACAUAGCGUUGGCUGAGAAUAUAAUACGACUGUCGAGAAAAAAGGAGAAUGAGGUAAAUUUAGCACCGAAUUAUGGCAGCGAUGUGGAACAAGAAAUUGACUUAACAGCGGUCUCGAAAAAAGGUAGACGGAUAAGGAAGCGAUACAUUGAGGAUGUUUCUGAUGAAGAUCAUGUUUUCAUUUCCGAUUCAGAGGUCGAAAUAGAUAGCGAAGAUGGUGAAAGUGACAACGAGUCAGACGAGAGUGUCUCCAAAAGGGUUUCUUCCAACAUCAAAAGAAGUUAUGAUAAACUGAUAUACAAGACAAAGAGAGGCGGAGGUAGUAAAAGGGGAAGUGCUAGGGCCCAAGGUGUAGCUGAAAGAGUUAAGAGUAUCUUUCAUCAGGAUGAUGAGCUAUUCGAUCGAGGGUCACCUGCUGAUCUUGAACUGCUGCCGCCGCCUCCUCCCGUUGCACAAAAGGCAGCCAAAAAGUCAUUAGCAAAUCUACUAAUAAGUCAAUAUUCAGAUAGAACAAGGGUUCCAAUUGUUAGUGGACUCGACACCAAAACAAAUGACCAAUCACAAGAAAAGGAAAUAUUUGAACCAUUGCCAAUUCCGGAACUAGACUCUGAAGGGCACAUCAAGGAUCACAGAUAUUUGGAAAAGUACUUUAACGGCAAAGAUCCGUCAAGAGUCAACCAAGAAAGAUUGUUGGACGAAAAAGUCUUUUCCAUGGAAGGGCCGGAAGGAUACUUUGAACAGCUUCAUAGAAGGUUUAGAGUAAAUGCCAAAUCGUUGAUUUCAGUUGCACCUCCUGUUAAUGAAUCCGAUUUCAACAAAGCCAUCCAAUUGAGUGAAAAUAUAUGCCAACAUCAUAAAAGUGCCCUCUUUGACCUUCAUAAAUCAUUGUACAACCAGUGGUGUUUUGAGUUGAGUCAAAAUUACAAUUUGAUGUUUUACGGCGUGGGAUCAAAAUUAAAAACAUUAAAGGAUUUUGCUGAAAACUAUUUUGGAAACUGGUGGGAUGCUAUAUUUGGCGGUGUUCCACCAAGGGCGUUGGUCGUGAAUGGAUACAAUCCCAAUGUCGAUUUCAAAACCAUUGCACUACAGGUGGCGCCAGUUCUUCUACCAGAAGAGGAAAAUAUAAUUCCCAAGCAUGUUUCAGAAACUAUACCAUUUUUGGUUGAUCAAAUGGAACAAAGAAGGGAAUCGCCACAGCCUGGAAAAUUAUUGAAACCAAAGUUGUUGAUGGUGGUACACAACCUAGAUGGAGAGGCUUUCAGAACGGACAAGAUUCAAGGACUUUUUGCUCAGUUGAUGAGUAUACCCGAAAUUUGGGUUAUAUCUUCCAUUGAUCAUAUUAAUGCCCCUCUUUUAUGGGAUCUGUCAAAGUCGAAAAGUAUGAAUUUGAUUUGGCAUGACUUGACAACUUACCAUACCUACUCUAUAGAAACUUCGUUCAAAGACGUUUUGAGUAUGGGCAAGUCGAAACAGUACAUUGGCAGUUUGGGAGCAAAGUUUGUUUUGAGAUCAUUGACUGAUAAUUACCGAAACUUAUACAAGAUCUUGCUUUUGGAUCAACUCAACAACAUGGAAAAUGUUGCCGCAGGGAAAGGAUCGGGCGUCAAAGGAGCGGUCAAAUUCGGUGUUGAUUUGAAGACAUUGUACAACCAGUGCUUGGACGAGUUCAUCGUGUCGAACGAAGUUACGUUUAGGACAUUUUUAAAAGAGUAUGUUGACCAUAAAAUGUGUCAAUUGGUUAAGGAUGCGUCGGGAUUGGAAAAAGCGUUUAUUCCAUUCACAUUUGGUGAGAUUCAAGAGCUUCAAAGGCAAGAGUUUGAAUAA